AUGUCCACCCCCGACAAACUAACGACAGUGAUGUCGAUCCCUAAUCUCCUUGGAUUGGACCCAUUGACAUGCACUCUUACCAUCCUAUCAAUCUUUGGCCUGCUGUUCUCCUCUGUCAACUUUCUCCGUCACUUCACGCCAACAAAUCUUUAUAUCCGCACUGCCGAUCUGGUCGCCCAAACGCGUGCUUUGUACGAUGCGCUCGACCAAGAGGAUCUCCUCCCAGGAGAAGCUGGUCAUCACGUCCAGCUUAAUGCCUGGCUAGAGCUCCUCGAAGAUAGAAUCAAGCCGUUAAUGUUCGUAAUUCUCCCCACGAAGAACAUCAUCCAGAUCCUGCGCGCCUGGACGAAAAUAUGGGCACUUCUGGAGAUAUCCCGGGAAAUUGAAAUAUUCCGUGUUGGCGUCCAGACUCUGUCAGAGCAAAGAAAGCGUAUGGAUCGUGUUCGUGCUGAAGCAAAACGGGAAGGGAUCCGUCCUGACCUCAAGAAACUAGAGGCAGCCGCUGAGGCGACCACUGAGAUGUUUAUUUCAACUCUUGGAGUACGUGACUCCCAGUUGACAAAGGACCUUGAAAGCUGCAGGUCGAGAUGCACUUCGCCAGAGCAGGGUAUCUAUCCCGAACAUCCCGAACACAAUCGACCACUUCAGAUAAGUGAGUUUGUCUCAGGCGACUGUGCCACCGUGGCCGGAGAAGGCGUCCCUCCCCUCUACUUCCUCCAGAAACAACAAUAG